AUGGCUGAACGACUUCUAUCAUCAAUCAUCAGAAAAGAACACAUCGCAAAAGAACCCAUUAUACUAAAUGUUGGAGGCAUCAAGUAUGAAACCUACAAAUCGACUUUGACGGCGCAUCCCGAAACUUUUCUAGGCACCAUGUUCCAAGACAGAGUCAGAUCUUUGAUGCUCGCGAAUAAUGGUAACGAAUACUUUAUUGAUCGAAAUGGGCAUGUAUUUCAUUAUAUCAUGCAGUUUUAUCGUACCGGAAAGAUUUUUUGGUCGGAGCAAAAUCGAGGUCAUACGUACGUUUCUUAUGAAGAGCUGCUAGAAGAAUUAGAUUAUUUUCAAAUUCCCGUUUCUUCAGCUUCUUCCGCAAAGAUUUCAGGACAACGAUCGCAUCGUUCGAGAAUCCUAUCAUCGACUCUAACCGACUUUGUUAAUUCCAUAGACAAACUCAUCACAGUGAUCACCGACUGCACGGAUCCUAAUGAGCUACUCAAUUCCUCCUCAGACUACUCGUGGAACAUUAACAUUUCCUUUGGAAAGCAUGAACGAAGCAUAUUCUCAUGGUGGGCAACUUUGAACGGCAAACCAAUAUCAUUUCGCGAAGGUCACGAACCGAAUUUCCUGUCCUACAAAGGUUUUAGUUCGGGAUGCAAUUUGUUGGAAGAGUUUGGCGAUGAGAUUGGUAAUUAUUUUGAAGAAAAUAUCGAAGGGUUGAGUUGGAAAGUUUAUGAAGGAAAGAAGACGUCCAAAAAAGGAAACGAAACGACUCACGAAUUCUCCGGAUUGAGCAUUUUCAUCAAUAUAACCAAUGUAUUUGAUCAUGAGGAGAUUGUCGAUGGUUCCUGUUUAGCUUAG